UUGGCAGGGGAAAUUGGUCGUUCAUCUCGUUUCUUUGCGCCUCAUCGUAUUCUGAUUGGCCUCCCGAGCUCCCAUCAAUAAACGCGCUCAGCGAGCAGCCUUAUCGAAGCUCUCCGGCAACGAUACCCCCUAUCCUGCGUACACUAGGCCGCCACCACGGGCCAGCUUCUCCAGAUGCUCGCUGGUGGAUGUUACUAUCGAUGUGAGCCCCUCAGCUUUCCCAAUGUCCAGGACAUUUCUUCUUCACCCACACUCACUACACUAAUACACCGGAUAUCUCCGAUUUCACUCGUUUCUACGACCUCCAAAGCCCGUACUUAAUAUCAACGUACUUAAUACCAACCCAACAAUCAAAAUGCGUUCCUUCGCUGUCGUUGCCCUCAUUGGCGCUGCCUCCGCUGCGGCUGUCUACCCCGUCGAGUCCUCGACUCCGGUCUACGAGACCUACCCCUCCAGCACCCCCGCUGCCUACGUCGAGAGCAGCUCCGUCCCCACCUACGAGGUUGCCUCCAGCAGCGUCUAUGAGGAGGAGUACCCUGCUAGCAGCAGCCCCGCCUAUGCUGCCUCCACUCCCGUUUACUCUGAGUACCCGGCUAGCAGCAGCCCUGCUUACGCUGCCUCCACCCCUGUCUACUCUGAGUACCCCGUCUCGUCCAGCGCCGUUUACUCUGAGUAUCCUGUCACCUCCACCAAGGUUGUGCCUGAGACCACUUUUGUCUGCCCUACCCCAACGAUCGUGACCUACGAGGAGCAGACCUACACUGUGACCUCCGCCACUACCCUCACGGUUUCGUCUUACACCACCACCGUCGUCAAGACCACCAAGACCCCUGAGGCCGAGAAGCCCACCAGCAAGCACGAGACUCCCAUCUACAGCGCCACUGUCCCCGCUGUCCCCACCUACGCUCCCUACCCCAGCAAGAACGCCACCGUUCCCCACGUUCCCCAGGGAACUGCCACUGGUUACCCCACUGGUACCAAGCCCGCUACUCCUGAGUUCACUGGCGCUGCUGCCCAGGCUGGUGUUGGCCUUCUCGCCGUUGUCGGUGCCCUUGCUGCUUUCUUGUAAGCAGUUCAAGAUGCUUGUUUGAUGCUUUGAGUGGAGAUUGCUCUGCUCUUUUAUCUUCAAGUUCGUGGUUAAGGGGAAGGAAACGCUAUCUUACGGGUAAUGACUUCGACUCUGCACCAUGAUACCCUCCUGCACUGCGAUGGGAGUUCGAGGUCGUCCACGAUUCCUUACGCACAUGCCGCAGCAGC